UCAUCCCACCGAACCUCGCUUUUUGCCUUUUUCUUCUGCGUUAUUUUUCCUCGUUAACAGCAUACUAGCGGGCGCUCGGCAAAACUCCGACUAAAAACAGAGAAAGACAGAAAAAACAAAUUCGAUGCACCCGCCUCGGUCCUCCAGAGUUUGUGAAGGGUCGUAACCAUGUCCGAGUCGGGGGAGAUAAGUGAAUUUGGCUACAUCAUGGAAUUGCUAGCCAGAGGCAAGGUUACCAUUAAGAAUAUCGAAAGAGAGCUCAUUUGCCCAGCAUGCAAGGAGCUGUUUACCCACCCGCUGAUUCUCCCUUGUCAACAUAGUAUCUGUCAUAAGUGUGUAAAAGAACUCUUACUGAUGCUUGACGAUUCAUUCAAUGAAGUGGGAUCAGACAACUCCAAUCAGAGUAGUCCUCGAAUUCGGCUUCCUUCCCCUAGCAUGGAUAAAAUUGACAGAAUUAGCAGACCAGCAUCACAACGGAGAUCUUUGGGGUGGAGAGGCUGGAAGCGCAAUUCAUUGACCCCUAGAACAACUACUUUUCCUUGCCCUGGCUGUGAGCAUGAUGUGGAUCUUGGAGAACGGGGAAUCAAUGGUCUGUUUCGAAAUUUCACUUUGGAAACUAUUGUUGAAAGAUAUCGGCAGGCAGCAAGGGCAGCCACAGCCAUUAUGUGUGACCUCUGUAAACCACCACCUCAAGAAUCCACAAAAAGUUGCAUGGACUGUAGUGCAAGCUACUGCAACGAAUGCUUCAAAAUUUAUCAUCCUUGGGGUACUAUAAAAGCUCAGCAUGAGUAUGUGGGCCCAACUACAAAUUUUAGACCCAAGAUCUUAAUGUGCCCAGAACAUGAAACAGAGAGAAUAAACAUGUACUGUGAAUUAUGUAGGAGGCCAGUGUGUCAUCUCUGUAAGUUGGGUGGUAACCAUUCCAAUCACCGCGUAACCACUAUGAGCAGUGCCUACAAAACCUUAAAGGAAAAGCUUUCAAAAGAUAUUGAUUACCUUAUUGGCAAGGAGAGCCAAGUGAAGAGUCAAAUUUCUGAACUAAACUUGUUAAUGAAGGAAACAGAGUGUAAUGGAGAGCGGGCUAAAGAAGAAGCAGUUACACAUUUUGAAAAGCUCUUUGAAGUCCUAGAAGAGAGGAAAUCGUCUGUUUUGAAAGCAAUUGAUACAUCUAAGAAACUCAGAUUAGACAAAUUUCAGACUCAAAUGGAAGAGUAUCAGGGGCUGCUGGAGAACAGCGGGCUCGUGGGAUAUGCUCAGGAAGUGCUGAAGGAGACAGAUCAGUCCUGCUUUGUACAGACUGCAAAACAGCUCCACCUCAGAAUCCAGAAAGCUACAGAAUCCCUGAAGAGUUUUAGACCUGCGGCUCAGACUUCCUUUGAAGACUACGUUGUUAAUACCUCUAAACAAACAGAGCUGCUUGGAGAAUUGUCCUUUUUCUCUAGUGGCGUAGAUGUGCCAGAGAUCAAUGAGGAACAGAGCAAAAUUUAUAACAAUGCUUUGAUAAAUUGGUACCAUCCAGGAAAGGAUAAAGCUGAUAGCUAUGUCCUCGAGUAUCGGAAGAUUAAUAGAGAUGAAGAAAUGUUGUCUUGGAAUGAGACAGAAGUGUUUGGCACAAGUAAAGUUAUUUCGGAUCUUGAAAGCAAUUGUAACUAUGCCUUCAGAGUAAGAGCCUACAAGGGCUCCAUCUGCAGUCCUUGUAGCAGAGAAUUGAUCCUUCAUACUCCUCCAGCUCCAGUUUUCAGCUUCCUUUUUGAUGAGAAAUGUGGCUAUAAUAAUGAACACCUCUUGCUGAACUUGAAGAGAGACCGCGUAGAGAGCAGAGCUGGAUUUAACCUUCUGCUUGCUGCAGAACGGAUCCAAGUGGGUUAUUACACAAGUCUGGACUACAUCAUUGGAGAUGUUGGAAUUACAAAAGGAAAACACUUUUGGGCCUUCCGAGUGGAACCAUAUUCCUACCUGGUAAAAGUGGGAGUUGCUUCCAGUGAUAAACUCCAAGAAUGGCUUCGGUCUCCCCGCGAUGCAGUUAGUCCAAGGUACGAGCAAGACAGUGGGCAUGACAGCGGCAGUGAAGAUGCCUGUUUUGAUUCUUCACAACCCUUUACAUUAGUUACUAUAGGCAUGAAGAAAUUUUUUAUACCCAAGUCACCUACUUCUUCUAAUGAACCUGAAAAUAGAGUUCUUCCCAUGCCAACAAGUAUAGGGGUUUUCCUCGACUAUGAUAAAGGCAAAGUGGGUUUCUAUGAUAUGGAUCACAUGAAAUGCCUUUAUGAACGCCAAGUGGAUUGUUCGCAUACUAUGUAUCCAGCAUUUGCAUUAAUGGGCAGUGGAGGAAUCCAGCUUGAAGAACCCAUCACAGCAAAGUAUCUAGAAUACCAAGAGAACAUGUAGUUUUAAGCAUCUGAUGUGACUUAAGGAUAAAAAAUGUGAGCAAAAUAAUGCCUUGGUGUUAACCUUCGUAACUAAUUACAUGUCAUCUAAAUGUUCUGUCGCCACACUUGUUUUUUGUGUAUGUUUCUUCCUAAAACAAAGCAAACCUAAACAGCCUUUCUGCCUUUCACAAAUGAUGGGGAGAAGAUACUCUAUGCUAGUUAACACCGAAAUGGUUAACUGGAUAUUGUCUUUUUAUGCACGGGAAAUCCAUUUAUUUAUGUCAGCUUGUGUUGCUGAUACUACAUUCCUUUUUGUGGGGUGGGGGACAGAGGGCUGCAAAAAUAUUUAUUCUUCUUUUGUGUUUUUUUUUUUUUUAAUAUCAUGUUUAUGUCCUAAGAGAAGAUAUUUUUUAAAAGCCUUAUGGAUAGAAAUUAGUACUAAGCAUUGUGUCAUGUGUUUGUUUCUAAUAGGAAAACAAAGGUAUAGAUAUAGCUAAAAAGAAAAAGGCCAUAGAAAAGGUAGUAUAUUUAAAUGGAAAAUUAUGUAUUUAAUAUUAAGGAUAUAUUGCCUGGAAAAUGAAUACUACUUUUUUUUUUUUUUUUUUUUUUAAGACCACAAACUGUAUUCUUAAGGAUAUUUUUAAGAGUUCUCUUAGCUGUAACGCCCAUACCUGCAUGUGUGGAAAACAUGGUUUCUUGCAGGAAACACCAAAUUCUCGGCUAAAACAUGAAGCUUUUCACUUCAUAUGAUUUUUUGGGAAAUAUUUUUCUUCAAAUUUUUUUGUUAGUUGCUCUAUGAAAAUAUUUGAGCUUAUACAGAGAAUUAUUUUUCAUAAACAUUAGUGAAGGUACUAAUAAUUAUCAUAUUCUUUUGUUCUCUUUUUUGUCUUGUAAUUUUCAUUUUUUUGGCCCAAUUAUUACAUAUCAGAUUGUCCUGGUUUAUGUUUACAAAUUUGAAAAGUUCAUGAUCUAUUUUUAGUGUCAUUACAUAUACUAUAAAAUGUGAAGGAUUAACUGUCUGAUCAGCUGUAUGGCAUUUUCUAUGGCUCAUUGGUAGUAAGCAUUGUAAGAUAAGUUAAAAUACACAUUUAAUUGUUUAGGGAUAAUAAUUAAAAUCACAAUGACUGUGUGUACCCUUUUAAAAAUUGCAGAUUCUUUGAAUUUGUGGAAUUACAUGUUAUCUAAAUUUUAUCUUCAUUUUUGAAAGAUGUUCUUUCUUGGGUGGUUUUAUUUAAGCUGGUUAGGUUUUUUUUGAAGUUGGGUAUUCAGAAACUAGAUUGUUAGGCAUUUAGCAUUAAUCAUUUUUGAAUGUUUUUGAUGUAUUUCAGUUGACUAACCAAAACCCUCAGCUCUUUGUUUAUUUUGUUUUUUUCUUUUUCAUUAUAAAUAUACUUUUUAAAAUGGAAAUCCGUUAUUUAGGCUGGUAGCACUAAAUUAGCUUUUUUUUUUUACCUGACCUGAGUAGGAAAAUAUCAUGGACAAUUUUGGUGUUUAGUAAGCUUUGUUACUUUCCCACCUCUGAAUAGCACUUUAUGACAUAGGCUGAACUAAACACAUAUGCAGUGUUCUGUGGAUCAUUGUGCAAUAAAGCUGCUAAAGUCACAUGUGUGGUAAAGUUUGGUAGUCUUAAGCCUGUGAAGCACAUAUCAUGUAGACAUUUUAAGUAUAAAGCUUUAAUAGGAGUAGGAAAACCGCUUAAAAUGUUGUAUAGUUGCAUAUAAAUUGUUCUGGGCUUCUUUCAUUUUUAAUAAAAAUUAAAAGUAAGUCAAGUGUAAUUAUUGAAAUCUGCAUUCCAGGAAUUCUCAGUGUGUUUGUAUGGAAAAUGGAAACGGUUUAUGAAAAGAUAUUUGACUGAGUAUAUUAACUUAGAGCUUUACAUAAAAUUAUUGGGGGCAUUUACUAGCUUUAAUUCUUGUGGAAGUGAUCAUUAGAAGAGCUUAACAUAAACUAAUUUAAACUGACCCUUGAAUAUUGUGGGGUUAAGGGUGACCCCCUCCAUGCAGCUGAAAAUCAAGUACAACUUUCCAGUUGGUCCUGUGCGUCCUCGGUUCUACCUGCAAGGAUCCAACCAUCUGGGGAUUGUGUGGUACUGUGGAGCCUAUUUACUGAAAAGCAUCCCUGUCUAAGUGGACUCAUGCAGCUCAAACCUGGGUUAUUGAAGGACCAACUGUACUUCAGUUGAUCAAUUUGUCUAAUAUUUCUUUUCUGAUCCAUAAUUGAUCAGAUUGUGAUCAGAUGAAUGGCCCUUUUGCUAAUAUUCAUACUCUUAGGUAAUGGGGUUCUAGUAGUUGAUAUGUUUGAAUCAGAGUGAAUUGUUACUACUGUUGGAUGGGUCUUAAUUGCAAAAUAAGUAAGAGUAAACUCAGAAAUAUCCCUGUGAUAGGGCAUAAUACCUUAAUUCUCAUGUUUGGAGUUGCUUUCUUGAAAGGAGUGGGAAUUGGAGCUACCCUCUGUGGCUUGAAUGCAAUCUGAGCCUGUGAAAUCUUUGGACUAGCCCAUCUUCUGAUAGGCGCUGAGGGUGUAUCCCAUACAGGAAUAUGGUCAAACAUUGGAUUGCUACUAUGAAAGCUAGUGUUUUAGGCAGGAAUGCUCUUUAGACAUUAUGUUCUACCAGGCAGAUAUAUAUUCAUUUUAAAUGUUUUACCUGCUUAUGGGAAUGGCAUCCCGAGGGUCAGAGAUUAUCUUGGGACUCUUCUGCUUUAAAAAUGAAAGGAAUUUAGGUUUUUUUACAGUUUGAUUUGGAACUACAUCAUUUAACAAGUUUUUAACUCCUGCUGUUGUUCGACUCCAUGCUCUGCACUGGGUAAAAGGUGAACAAGACAGCCUAGUUAGGUUCCUGCCUAAAAGCUCCUAAAAGAGCUUGAUUUUUAGAAAGGAGAAAUGAUAAAAAUGGAAGGGACUAAGAGUGCUUGAGAUGUGCGCUAAUACUGGAUAUGGUGGUCAGGGAAGCCCCUCUGAGUUGGAGCCUGUGUGCAAAGAAAGGGCUAAGUGAAGAGCAUGCUUAGUAGACCGAACACGAAGUGCAUGGAUGCUGGAGAUCAUGAAUUGAUCCGAGCUGUGAUUGGUACUAGAACUAUCCCAGCUGGUUCAAGUGAGAAGUUGUUAAUGAAAGCUGCUUAGAGAUACAGGCAGCCUUGAAGAAACAAGCAGUGGUGAGAUGCUGCAAGGGACUAACCACAGCCUGAAGCCAUUACUGCUUCUAGAGCAGGAAGGACACGGGAAUUCCAUCUCAGGGAGAUCUCAGGGAAUUCGAUCUCAGGGAGAGUGGGAACAUGAAGGGAGGGUUGCUCUGGGAGGCAGCUGUUGCCAAAGAUGUGGUGCCAAGAAUGGAAGGAGUCAGAAAGAACCUCCACCUGAUAUGCUGGGGUUGCCUGUUGACCAAACCACCUGGCAGCAAGCCAGCCAGCCAGCACUCUCUAGGGAUGCACACAGCAGGGAUCAUAAUCAGAGGCUGGAAGGCAGGGAUCUGGAGGUGGCAUAAAGGGACAAUAACUGGCACAAUUGGGAGGAAUUUGGUAUAUUUGAGGGAAACGAAGGGAGGCUAUUGGCCAUUGCACUGGGGGCUUAAAUGAGGGUAUUGAUAAUAUCCUAAAAUGUUAAAACACACAAACAAACAAUCCUUUUUGUUCCUAAAGACUUGGAAAGCUGAAUGCAUUUUCCCUUUCAGUUUUCUGGUCUUUUUCUUCCCUCUUGGCCAUUCUAUGCUAAGAUUACCUCUGAUACUAAAGGAGUGGCUUCUUUUCAGAGUUUGCCAUCUCAUGGAGAAAGGAGAAGAAUGAUUCAGUGCUAUGGUUAAGAAAAAACUGUCCUUAAAGUUCUGGCCAGACAGAUACCUGCAUGUUAGAAGUAAGACUGUAACUUACUGUCACCAUAAAUGGAAAUGUGCCAUAAGUGAUCCAGAGACCAUAGUCUGACUGCUGUUGGAUAAUAAACAAUACUUUUAAAUAAAA